AUGUGGGCUGCUAGACGAGGGAGCUUGCUGGCUGGUGGCACCUGGUGGGGGAAGAGGAGUAAAGGAAGUAGGAGGAUCAACAAGUGGGCUGGUCAAGGGGUGCGUGGUGGGCAAGCAAGGGGCGUGGUGGGCAAGCAAGGGACGUGGUGGGCAAGCAAGGGGCGUGGUGGGCAAGCAAGGGGCGUGGUGGGCAAGCAAGGGGCGUGGUGGGCAAGCAAGGGGCGUGGUGGGCAAGCAAGGGGCGUGGUGGGCAAGCAAGGGGCGUGGUGGGCAAGCAAGGGGCGUGGUGGGCAAGCAAGGGGCGUGGUGGGCAAGCAAGGGCGUGUGGCAGCAAGGGGCGUGGUGGGCAAGCAAGGGGCGUGGUGGGCAAGCAAGGGGCGUGGUGGGCAAGCAAGGGGCGUAGUGGGCAAGCAAGGGGCGUGGUGGGCAAGCAAGGGGCGUGGUGGGCAAGCAAGGGGCGUGGUGAACAUUGAUGCCGCAGAUGUGGAUGGCCAGGAGAGGAAGCUUUAUGCUGGUGGGACCUGGUGGGUUGAGGGAAGAAACGGAGAGUGGGUGGGUGGGACCAUCCGCCUGUGCUGCCCCCACGACCUCCUUCCCUGCCAGCCUUCUCAUGCUCUAGUCAUUUCCUAUGUCCUAUGCCUCUCAGCAUCGUGUGUUAUAGAGCAGGAUUGA